AUGAGCGGGGCUGGGGCGGCGCCGGGCGCCGUCCGGGGGCUCCGCGUGGACGGGCUGCCUCCGCUGCCCAAGAGCCUGAGCGGGCUGCUGCACUCGGCGUCGGGCGGCGGCGCGUCGGGGGGCUGGCGGCACCUGGAGCGGCUGUACGCGCAGAAGUCGCGCAUCCAGGACGAGUUGAGCCGCGGGGGAGCGAGCGGCGGCGGGGCCCGGGGCGCGGCGCUGCCCGCCAAGCCCCCCAACCUGGACGCCGCGCUGGCGCUCCUCCGCAAAGAGAUGGUUGGUCUCCGACAGCUGGACAUGUCCUUGCUCUGCCAGCUAUACAGCCUUUACGAGUCCAUUCAGGAAUACAAGGGAGCGUGCCAGGCAGCAUCCAGCCCUGACUGCUCUUCUGCUCUGGAGAAUGGCUUCUUUGAUGAUGAGGAGGAGUAUUUCCUGCAGCAGAAUGCCCUGCCUGAUGUUGGGGAGCUAGACCCCCCAAGGGACCUGUCACUGUCCAUCUCCCCCAACUCCAGCAGUGAUUGGAUUCUGGAGUCCAUCUAGAGGGUCUCAGGAAGGAGGCAGCUUUAGGGGACAUGCUGAGAACCGGACACACCCAUGGACAUUUGCUUCUUUUGUAAGAAAGCACCUCAGCUCUCCAUGGUGGGCCAUCCGCAGGCACGUGGCGCCAGUGCCACUGGUUUAAUUUAUAGGCAGGUUUAAUUCGUGGCAUUCUCUCUCAAUGACUGGUGUUUCUGCUUGGGUGAUCCAGAGGUGCUCAGCGAGGUCCUUGACACUCUAAUCCUGGGGCACUUUAACCUCGGAUUUGCCAUGAGAACAUAACGAGAAGAUCCUGGAAGAGACCUUGGCUGGGAUUUCAUGCUAGAUUUUUUGCUGGUUACAGCCUUGCAGCUAGUGGUAGAUGAUUUGUGCCCUCUUUGCAGAAUGUGCGGUGGGAACAUUUCACUGCCUGCCCUUCCUCAGUAUGUUUGUUCCGCAGCCAUUCUUGCUGUUUCCUGAACUUUUCAAACCUCUUGGUAGAGCUUUAUUUAUUUGUCAGCUGCAUUACUAGCUGUCCAGGUGGCUCAGUGAAAGCUUUUUACUGAGAAAACAUUUCACAUCAUGCCAAUUAGCUGCAUUCUAGUAAUCCCUCAAAAAAAAAAAAACAUUACAAUGCUCUUUGUCCAUCAGAUACACGAAGAAAGAAGAUAAUGUGAAGAUGUGUUGAGUGGUAGGGAAACAACUGGAACAAGCUAGUGUUUUGUAUCAUUGACUGUGAGAUAGCAAAUGUUUUUGUUUUUAAAGAUUCUGAAUGUAAACCAGUGUUAAAAAGCAACCCCCAUCCUUCACUCAAAAUAGUGAUCACCUUAAGCCUUAAUAUAUUUAUUAAAAUACUUUAUGAACACUUUACACUGUGCAGGCUUAAAAUGAAGAUAAAAUGCCAAACUGUAGUUGUGUGUUGCUUUGGUCUGAAUUCAGAAUCACCAACUUUUGUAACUUGUGUGUAUUGAAUCUAAUCAAACACUGAAAGAAAAUUCACUGCCCUUAUGCAUUUGAAAGCAGCUUUAUUCCUGUUGGCUUACACUUGGAGAUGUCUGAGCCUCAAUAGGCCACUGCUUAUGGGGCGCUUGGUGCUGUUGGCUCUGAAUGCCCCAGAUCCUUUUCUCCCCUUCUUUUGGUGUAACAAUUCCAUAUUAACGGCCCUUUAGGGACAGUGAAAGGAAGUAAAAUUCAUCAUUGCGAACCAGCCCGUGGACAACCUGUUAUGUACACAACCCUGUUUCAGGAACUGGGGUGAAGUACAGAGAAGGAAGAGCCUUUCCGGCAUAUUUCCUGUGUUGAAUAUAGUGAAGUGAGGGCUGGCAAUAAAUUGCCUUCAACAUAGGAUAUAACUGUUAAGUGGUGACAAGAACAUUGCAGAGGGGACCAGAAAAUUGCAAAAACCAGGUGACCUCUAUGAGGAACCUACCCUUUUGAGGGUGGACCCCUGUCUAACGAUGACGAGUGGGGCGUUUAGGUUAGCUGUUCUCAACUGUGACCAUAUUGGAAUUGCUUGGGGGGAUUUUAGAAAAUUAUUGAGCCUGGCUCAGUCCUUUACCUCCCACCCUCCUAAUUUAUUCUAAUUUUUAAAAAUAUUUAUUUAUUUAUGCAUACAAGAGCUGGGGUGCAGGCCAGAGAUGUAGGGGUUGAGAGAAUUCACCAGAGACAGAGUGGGGAGCAGAACGGGCAGAUUGACUGAAAUACACUGCUGAGGGGAGCAGCGGGCGAGACAGGAGAUGUCUGCUGUGCCAUGUAGGUCACCUCCUGGCUAGGAUCAAACUCAUAGUGCAGUGGCUGCAGAUAGCUUCACAGUGCUGCAUCUCAACCCUUUGUGCCACCAGGGAGGCCCCCUCCUACUGAUUUAAUUAGUGAGAAGUGAGGCCUGGGCAUCUCUGUGUGGUUCUAGGAAUCCUCUAGAUGAUUCUAAUGCAGAUGUGGUCCAUAGCUAGUGUUCAAAAUAUAGUCCAUGGAGCAGGCAUCACCAAAAACAUGUUAGAGAUAGAAUGGAAUACCCAGCCUACGUCAGGCCCUGCAUCUUCACAAGAUACUCCCGAUGACUCCAUUGUUUGGCACUUGGGAAGUGCAACUUAACAUCAGCCCAGCAGAUACCAUUAAACAAGAGUCUGGCUGCCCUAGGUCCCAGACAAGGAUGGGGAGACCAGGCCUUUUAGGAAGGGCCCACAGUGGCC